AAUACAUCGGUUAUGGCUCCAAAGACGUCAGCUUUGAUGUUGGCCUGGUUGGUUCUUCUCUGGGUGAAUUUCUCUCUAUCCUCGCAAUCUUCCAGCCUCGCACUCAACCGGGUCAAGAAGGACAUGGUUCCUGAGAGCAGAAUGAAAAAAGAGAGAGCUCUUAACAUUGCAAAAGAGUCUCUAUCUCUUCUGACUGACAUAGUGAAAGACACUGACACUAAGAUUUUGAAAGAUGUGAUGAGGGCCAUCUCAGAAAUUGCGAAACUGGCACCAGUACAUGGUGCUGUGAUCUCCUGUUUUAUCAACGUGUUGCUGAUCUUCAUUCCAGAGGAAGAUCCUGUGAUGCAAGAGAUAAAGAAAGGCUUUGCGGAGGUGAACAGGAAGCUGGACUCUAUUUCCAUCCAGAUCUCCAAACUGGAAGCAGAUGUGGAAUGGUUCAACUACGUCAGUGUUUACUCCAGAGAUGAGCGCAUCAUCCUCAAUGCCUGGAUGAAGUACCAGGAGUUUAAAGUCAGCGACUCGUCGCGAACUGAGGAGGAAAACAUACGUCUGGCUGAAUUAUACAUCCGCUACUAUGAGAACUCAGGUGUUGAGUCCAGUGUGUCCAACCUGUACCAUUACCUGACUGUCCGGAGCACAUCUUUGAGUGAAAACAUCAACAACCUGCUGAGAAAAAAGUUCAGAUGCGACAUCAACCAGAUCGGCAGGUAUAACAUUUACCUCAGCAGCUUGUUGUGGAAGGGAAUGAUCCUUAAACAGUUCUACUGGACACUGAUUGAUCUCAACUCAGCAGCCAAAGAAGCUGAACACGUGAAAAUGUUCAAGGAGGUUUCUAAAGCUCAGUUAUCAGCCAUGCAGUUCUGUCUGGACAACCACACACAGUACAUGAAGAUGGAUGUGGAGGAGAUCGCCAAACAAUUCAGUUCUGAUCAAAAAACUGACAUCGCUGUUCAGGUGAAGAAAGCACUGGACGAAAAGUACAACUGGUACAACUGGGUGGUGGUGGUAUUUGAUAAAGGCCAGAAAAAAAAAUCACAUGUUGUUUACAGAGUUCAACUUCACCAUUGGCAGCAACAUUGUAGGCGUAGAUUACACCGUUAAAUCUGACAUGAUUCAUGAAGAACAAGUUAGAACUACAGCAAACGUUUGUUUUAAUGAUAAAUGUGAAAUUAAUAUUAAAAUGAAGACAUGUAAAAAAGAGUGGGAUUACAGAGGAGAUACAAUUCCUAUACCUUUAGGAAAAUAUGUUGUGGUGACACAGGUUGCCUAUAAACAGGAUUUUGCUGAAGUCCCAGAUCCUUUUCAUAAAACCUGGUGCUCUUGGGACGGCUAUACAAGUGAAAUUUCAGUUCAUUAUUCCAGGUACAUAGACGUCUGCACUAUCAAUAUGUGUAAGAACAAUGGGAGGUGCAAGAAGCUGCUCAAGUCCAAUGAAUGGCUGUGUGAGUGUCAGGAUGGUUAUUAUGGAGACACAUGUGAAAAGAAGCUAAAUGACUCAUUAGCUCAGCAGUUAAAAUUGGCCUUUCCUUUGCCUGCCAACAUGAAGUUUUCAAGCGCUAAGUCACAAUCAGAAUUUGUGAUGGACAUUCUGCUGAAAGUAGGCACACCUCUUGUUGCUUGUGUUCUYAUUGGUUGCUUCAUUUUGGCUCUGAAAACCCUGAAGAAACCUUCUAAAUGUUGCUCAUGCUGCAAACCAGAGCCUGUGGCUACAAAUUCCAACAUGGUUGCAAACAUCAGGCCUCUGUAUGUAGAAACAGUUACAGAAAUGUGUCACUUUCAGGUAAAACGUGAGACAAGAUCACAGGAAAACAGGUUGAUGGGUGGAUAUUAGUCAAAUCACAGCAGAAUAACUUUUGGCAGGUAACUGUGGCUCAUUAACUGGUUCUUUUGUACAGCUGAGAGAGAGAGAGAGAGAGAGAGAGAGAGAGAGAAAGAGAGAGAGAGAGAGAAUCUAAGACAAAAAAAGGUGUAGUGAAUACGCCCAUUUCCUCUCACCUCAUCUUGCCACUGAUUGACCUUUGACCACCUGAGGUCAAAGCCCUCUCCUCCUAAACUGAACUCUUUCAGCUCUCAUGUAGAGCUAUCAAAAAUAAGCCUUUCACUCUYUUCUUUCCCUUGGGAAAGGAUCUUGUUCUC